GGAGGAGAAGUUCUUAUAAGAAAGAAUUCAAUCAGACUACCAAUUCCUUCAAAAACGUUCGAGUUUCCAUUUCUGAAUUUGUAACAAAAGCUACGUAUAUGAUCAGCAACGAAAAACCCUAAGACAAAUUUAGUCCAAUUCAUCAACAAGAACAGCCACAGCACCACUUCAGUUGGCAGUGGUGCUGAUCUUUUUUCUUGUUUGCCUGCCUUGACUGGGCAUGGGAGUUGAUCGUAAAGCCAUGGCAGUAAGCUUUCAAGAUACACUCACUCCUUUAGGUAGAUAUGAUAGACUCAGUGCUCUUCCAGAAUUAAUCAUCUAUCGUAUAUUCAAAUUCCUUGAGCCUAAUGAAACUGCUCGUAUUAAUUUGGUUUCAAGAAGGUUUAGAAAAUUAUGUUUUAAUAGUCCUUUUCUGUAUUUCUAUGCCAAUUUUGAUACAAAAGAGUGUGGGAAAAAGUAUGCUCAGUUUUGUACUUAUGUGGAUAAAGUGAUGAAAUUGAGAGAACAGUUAAAUGUGGGGUUAGAAAGAUUUCUUAUUCAUUGGUCUUGUCAGCAACCUAGGUUUAAUGUUGGAGGGAGUGUUAUUGAUGCCUGGAUCAGAAUUGCUACAAAUUGUAAUGUUCAAGAGUUAGAUGUUCUUUUUGAUGUAGAUCGAUGGAAAUGCUAUACGUUGCCUGAUUGUGUUUAUGGGUGCAAGUCUUUGAAGGUGUUGAGAUUGAAUUUACAGAGGGGGAAUUUUUAUCUGAUAAAGAGAAUGAUGGACUCAGUUGAGGGUUUAUUUUUAUAUUCAUUAACAAUCUCUGAUUCAGAUUUUGGAGAAAAGAUUUCUGGGUAUUGGAUGUCUCUUAAAAUAUUAAAUCUCGAAGGGGUUCAUUUGGUUGGUAAUCUUAAUAUAACUUGUCAUUCUCUUGAAGAGUUGAAAAUUUCCAACUGCAAAAUUGAGAGGGUCCAUGUUUGGAAUGGGGAGCAUGUGGAUAGGAAGUUCAACAUUUUUUGUCCAUCUUUGAAGGUUUUAAGUAUGUCCAGGUGCCAUUUUGAGGCCCCAUGUCUUAUGAUCAUUUGUUGCGAGUCUCUAGAGAAUUUCACAAUUCAUGGGUCGCAUUUCGACAGGCAUUCAAAUUUCAAGAUAGCUUCUGGGUCGCUCCAAAAUAUUCAAGUCUGUAGGUCUAAAUUCUAUAAACCCAGCUGCUUCUGCAUUUGUUGCCACUCUGUUAAGCAAAUAAAGAUAAGCAACUGCCAGUUUGAAGAGUUUUGCAAUAUUGAAAUGAAUAGUUCAUAUCUUGAAGACUUGUCUAUUUUGGAUUCUGAAGUAGUUCGUCCCCAACAAAUAAGGCUCCUUGCCCCUAGAAGACGAAUUAAUGUGGAGGCUGAAAAGCUUCAGAAGUUGACUAUAAACUCGUCUGAUGAGUAUUUGUAUGAGUUCCCAUUGUCUUUUUUUACUCCAGAUAUUCAUACUUUAAUUUGGAAAGGAAAUCCUGUAGAUUUUAGUUGUAUGGAGAGGUUCCCGUCGCUAGACUGUGCCUUAAUUGACAUUAAACCUUCUUGUCGGCACAAUAGCAAGACAUUUGCCUGUCAUUGCAAGCUUGUUAAGAGUUCAAUAUAUUGUGUCGCUAUGCUUCUUCAAAGUUUGCAACGUGCCAAAUUCUUGAAUAUUAACAUUUGGCCCAUCCAGAUGUUCUUUAUGCAAAACGAUGAGAUACUAUAUUUUGAUAAUCUAAUGUGCUUGACUCUGAUGGUCGGUGAUUCAUUGGUUGACCAAAUUCCAGUCAUUGUCUCCUUCCUCAAGGGAUUGCCAAAUCUAAGGAGACUAGUGAUAAAAUGUGAGCAUAAGUCCCCUAUUCUUGGUGAUCCGAACUUCAUCAACUUACUGGGGUUGUGUCCAAAGAGCUUUAAUCUAUCAGUCACUGAAGAUUGGAGAAAGGUUGAGAUUCACAAGAGAAAGGCUCAGGAGGUAGAAGAAAAGGAAUCUAACAGAAGUGAAUGACACUGCAUUUUACUACUUUUCUCUUGACAUUAAUUGCUAUGCAAUAUAAAUAUGAAAAUAGAAAUGUUAUUUUGGUCUGCACUUAGCACAAGGCAAACUUACUGGUAGUGGUAGCAGCUGUUCAGACGAUUAAAUUUGCAGUAGAAGCAGCAGCCACAGUGGCUUGGUGUUGGUGGUUAUAAAAUUACGUAUUCCAAAUUUUAAUA